CUCUCUGGUCAUGGUUAUCGAGUUGUUGCUCCUGAUUUGCGAGGAUACGGCGACACCGAUGCACCUGCUUCCGCCACUAGCUACACUUAUCACCACAUAGUCGGAGAUCUCAUUGCUCUUGUUGAUUCCCUUGGUGUUGAACAGGUGUUUUUGGUGGGUCAUGAUUGGGGUGCCAUCAUCGCAUGGCAAUUUGCUUUGUUUAGGCCUGACAAAAUCAAAGCAAUGGUGAUUCUCAGUGUCGCCUUUCCUCCGAGACACCCAAUCAAGAAACCCCUUGAGCGUUUCAGAGCUUAUUUUGGCGAUAACUACUAUAUUUGCAGGCUCCAGAGUCCAUGA